AUGUAUUCAAAAAGACUUUUUUCACGCGUAUUACCACCCAGCUUCUCGGAUGCUCUCGUUUCAAGAGCCAACAUUGGCCUACAAGCCAAUUCGGCUCGUAAAAUGAGCGCAUUUGCCAAAUUUAUGGAAACCAUAAAGGAACAAAUUGAAAAGAACAAAGAAUUACAACAAAACGUAAAAUUACUACAAGAUCGUGCUGGGCAAAUUGGGGAAUCGGAUACUUUACGGAGGGCAAAAGAGGUUUAUGCCAAGGCCAGAGAUCGCACCAAUAACAUUGUCAACGUUCUUCAGGAAGGAGCAGAGUCUACCACAACCAUCGGUUCGGAAAAGCUUAAAAAGUCGAUGGAUGGGAUCAAAAAAUCAGCUGAAAAAAUAGGAACUUCUGUGUCGGACACGCUGAAGGAAGUCGGCGAGACUCCAUUUGUAAAGGGGACCCAAGAAAAAAUUUCAAUAUUAUCAGACAAGGUAUCUGAAACUACUGAACCAAUACGGAAAACCAAAGUAUACACGAACAUUCGCGAUACAUUGAAGGAGACAGUAGGUGAUGAUUCAUCGCGGUACGGCGGUUUUGUUGAUAAGGAGACAAGACGAAGAAUGAAGGAAAAGGCCACGAUAAAUUAUCAAGGGACGCAAUUUGAAGUGAAUCCGGAGUAUGUAUUAUCAUUGGUUGAAUUGGAGAAAUAA